AUGACCACGACGGAUCCGGAAAAGACAAGCUCAUUAAUGGAUAAUCUCUUGGGACUACUUAGAAUCCGCAUCAAACGUGGCGUCAAUCUCGCCGUCCGUGACAUCAAUAGCAGCGACCCUUACGUCGUCAUCAAAAUGGGCAAACAGAAAUUGAAGACUCGUGUUAUCAACAAAGACAUCAAUCCAGAAUGGAAUGAAGAUCUGACUCUCUCCGUCACAGACCCCAGUCUUACCGUCCUCUUGACGGUGUACGACCACGACAUGUUUAGCAAGGACGACAAGAUGGGUGAUGCAGAGUUCGAGAUAAAGCCGUUUAUUGAGGCUUUAAAGAUGCACCUUGACGGUCUUCCUAGUGGAACUAUUGUCACCACGGUUCAGCCGUGUCGUCGCAACUGUCUAGCUGAGGAGUCUAAAGUCACUUGGGUCGACGGUAAGCUCGUCCAGGAUCUCGUUCUCAGGUUAAGACACGUCGAAUGUGGAGAGGUCGAGGCUCAGCUUCAGUGGAUUGACCUCCCUGGCUCCAAGGGUCUAUGA